AUGUUGAUAUUUACGAGUUUGGAAGAAGGACAUGCGCAAAGGGUGUCAGAAGUAAAGGACGUUCCGCUCGGGUCCGGCGGUGCAGCCGUCCCGAACCUAACGCGGACUACAUCACGACAGUGCAUAGCUUGCGAUCACCGAGCCAAACUGCUGCCGGAGAUACCCGAGCCGGUGUCAGCUCCGCCGGUGCUGAUACCGACUCCCGUGCCUGAAGAACCGGUCUUUGUUCGUCAAACCCGUGAAACCGGGACCGUGAUGACGGCGAAACCGGAGAACGUACGAGAAGUGCUGGAGGACAGGGACCCUAAUAGCCUGAACCAACACGUGCAGCAAAUCUGGUGCACAGCGCCGUGUCUCCGCUGCGUGAAGAUCUACUUCGCAUCACUCCGCACGAUGGUGCAGUCCUGCAUGGCAGCCAUCGUAGUGCCUGCUGCAGACGCCGUGGGCCACAUCUGCAGGCAUAUCAGGGUCAACUUUAGGAAGGAUGCUCCUGAGGAAAAGGAUCUACUAAUCGUUUAA